CCACCUCUGCUUAAAAAAAAAAAAAAACGAGAAAUAAACAAACAGAGCGAGAGAGAGAGAGGACGAGAGCUUUCGAAGAGAGAAAGAAUCGCUUGCUUUAUAAGCCAUCAAAGCCAGGGGCUUAUAUUUCUUGAGGAAGAAGAAGAAGAAAGAAGCAAGAGAGAGAAAAGCUUUUAUUGUUUUUUAAAGAAAGCUUUUCUUUCUUUGUUUGAAGUUAACAGAGAAAGAGCCACGGCCAUGGCUGAGUCAAACGAUUUCAUUCCUCUGGAUACAGAAAAGAUCUAUAUGGGUGGAAAGGAACAUCAUGUACGAACGCGCUGUGGUUCUGUGUCUGUUAUAGUAUAUGGGGACCAAGACAAGCCACCCCUAAUUACAUAUCCUGAUUUGGCUUUGAAUCAUAUGUCUUGUUUCCAAGGAUUGUUCUUUUGUCCAGAAGCGGCCUCCUUGCUGCUCCAUAAUUUCUGCAUUUACCAUAUUAGUCCUCCUGGGCAUGAGUUGGGAGCUGCUCCAAUUUGUCCAAGUGUUUCUGCCCAUUGUGUUGACGACUUAGCUGAUCAGAUCCUUGAGGUCCUUAACUUUUUUGGGCUUGGUUCAGUGAUGUGCAUGGGAGUAACUGCGGGUGCUUACAUCCUUACUCUGUUUGCUAUGAAAUACAGAGAACGUGUUCUUGGUUUGAUACUUAUAUCCCCUCUUUGCAGAGCCCCCUCUUGGACAGAAUGGUUUUAUAACAAGGUGAUGUCAAAUUUGUUAUAUUUUUAUGGAAUGUGUGGACUGCUUAAAGAGUUUUUGCUUCAACGUUAUUUCAGCAAGGAAGUUCGUGGUAAUGCAGAAGUUCCUGAGUCGGAUAUAGUUCAAGCAUGCAGAAGGUUGCUGGAUGAGAGGCAUGGCUCAAAUGUGAUGCGAUUUCUUCAAGCAAUUAAUAGGAGACCUGACCUUAGCAGUGGGCUGAAGAGACUCAGAUGUCGUACCCUAAUAUUUGUUGGGGAUAACUCACCAUUUCAUUCUGAGGCCCUCUACAUGACAUCCAAGUUGGAUAGAAGAUUUAGUGCCUUAGUUGAGGUCCAGGCUUGUGGAUCAAUGGUGACAGAAGAACAGCCACAUGCAAUGUUGAUACCUAUGGAAUACUUCUUCAUGGGGUAUGGGUUGUAUAGGCCUUGCCAGUUGAGUGACAGCCCGAGGAGCCCUUUAAGUCCAUCUUGCAUCUCACCGGAGCUUCUGUCUCCAGAAAGCAUGGGUUUGAAGUUAAAACCUAUAAAGACACGUGUUUCCCUUGAAGUUUGAUAGGGGGCCAGGGGCUCAGAGAGAUUGGAUUUAUUUUGUUCAUUUUUUAUAAAAAAUUUUUGGUUCUUUUUUGUCUUGGUAAAAAAAAGAGCAAGUAUCAGAAGGGUAGAAGCAGUUGGGAUGGGGCUGUAGAUACGGGAAGAAUCUGAAGGAAUAUAGGGAGGGGUAACCGUGGCCUGCAUUGAUUCUUUUGUAGUCAGUCAUAAAGGAGUCAUUGAGCUGUGUUUAUGUAAAUUCUAAAGGGGACUCUGAAUUUAUUUAUGAUGAUGACGAACAACCAAUAAUGGAGUUGAAGUCCCUAAUUAUUGUGAUUAUUUUCCCAUA